GGCACAUCGCCUGUCUCUCUCUCUCUCCCUCUCUCUCCCUCUCUCUGCUUGAAAACGACGAUUGGCACUAUCUGUCUGGUUUUCUUCGCAUUCAGAUCUCAUCCUCCUUCCGCCACACCUUGCCCCCCAGCUGAUCUCCCAGCACUCUUAUCACCACAGUGCGCGUCUGGUCGUGGGGGGCCGACUCGGUCGUGGAGAUCUCCACAUGUCGUCCAUUCGUCCGUGUCAGGCGAAUGACUGCCAUGUGCCCCUCGCCCAUCACCUCACUGCCCACCACCACCAGCCGGCAAUGCCAUCCGUCCUCCCUCCUUUUGUCGAAUACGGCCGCCCCCCACUGUGCCGCGUCGCUGUGAGAGGCCGCCAGCCGAUCACCCGCACGGAAGUACGCGGCAAAAGCACGACAGUAAGACCACCAGUAUCUGAUGCGACGAAUGUGGUUCCCUUCAUCAAGCCAGUCGAACACCAGGAAGGCCACCAUGGACGUGUAGUUGGGGUACGUGUAGCCAUUCAGCUGUGUGGGCGGGUCGGCGGGGUCGAAUGGUGCAUGAGGGAAAUAGGGGCUGGCAGAGUCGAGGAGGGUGGGGAGCUGAUAGCCAUACCAGCGGCGGAGAAUCGAGUUUCCGUCCAUCAGCUGUCGCUGUUGGUCUCCCUGAUUGACAGUGACCCCGCAGCUGAGUAUCCUCCACUGGCGGACCGCCUCCGUCUCACUCAUGAAGGCCGCCCGGCUGCCGAAGACGCCGAAGUUGUCAUCCCCCAGCACCAGUGGCAUCUUGCCUCUCAGCAGAUACAGCAUCUCCACCACUGGUUUCCAUCUGGCCCAGCUGCGGCCCCUCUCCAUCAUCCACAGCCGGCGGCUGAGCUGUUCGAUGAGUGCCGUAAUGCGGCAGCCGUGGCUGAGUGCCUCAGGGAGCGGCAGCUGUGGGAUGGGCACCUCCACCAACACACCGAGGCCGAGGGGCGCCGCCACAAUAGGCAGCAGACGCUGCAGCAUGGGCAGCAGGGCGGUGGGGGUGAGGGCGGUAUGGCGGCUCUUGUCGAUGCGGCGGAAGGCACACAAGUCGGCAUGGCUGCUGAGGCACUGGGCGAUGGCCGCCGUCACCUCAGCAGGGAGGGCAGCGAACGGAACGCCCUCUCUCUGACCGCCACCUGUGACCAUUACAGACACACACACAGAACUACAGGUGUAUCAUUGUGCCUUUCUGCAGCGAACAUGUUGGGUUACCAUUGGCAGCGGCCGACUCGAGUGACGAUGACGUGGUAGAAGCGCCAGCCCCAUCAGGAGCACCAGCCGAUGUCUGCAAUCAACGCCGACGGACAGGCGUCAGUUGUGCAUGUGGUGGUUCUUCCCUUGCUUGCCUCACCGUGAACAGCCCUGUCAGCCAUCGCCAGGCACUGGACAUGCCGGCGACACUCACGAUUGAGGACAGCAGUCCUUGAGAGACAGAUCUGCCACAAACACACAGAUAUCACACAGACUGUCAUCCCUUACGGCCCCGCCACCUCCUGCAUGCCCUCUCUCACCUCAAUUCGUCAGAUCAGCAUAAGUCAGAA